UUCUUAGUUUUGCGAAUUAUCCAAAAACGAAGGGGGCCAAAAAGGAAAAAGGAAAAAUGAUGAGAAUUGGGGGAAAGAGGUUGCUAGGGUUAGGGUUUGGGCGAGGAACGCCGUCGCCGGCGAUGACGGUGGCCCGGCGGGAGUACCAUGAGAGGGUGGUGGAUCACUACAACAACCCUCGGAACGUGGGAUCGUUCGAUAAGAAUGAUCCAUCGGUGGGAACGGGGCUGGUCGGUGCUCCGGCUUGUGGGGAUGUGAUGAAGCUCCAGAUCAAGGUCGAUGAUGAAUCGGGAAAGAUCGUUGAUGCUUGCUUCAAGACCUUCGGUUGCGGCUCCGCGAUUGCGUCCUCUUCUGUUGCUACUGAAUGGGUGAAGGGGAAGCAGAUGGAAGAAGUACUGACCAUCAAGAACACAGAAAUUGCAAAGCAUCUGUCUCUGCCCCCGGUGAAACUCCAUUGCAGCAUGCUUGCCGAGGAUGCAAUCAAAGCAGCUGUUAAGGACUAUGAAGCGAAGAAAGCUAAAAUGACAGGUAAAGAAGAAGCUGUGGGUUCGGAAAAAGCAGCAGAAGCUUGAAGUAGUGUUUCCGGUUCUUUGGUUAAAUCCUUUCUCUUGUAGUUCACCCAUGUUUGAGUUCUAAAAAGGAUGUAUAUUAGUUGUAAUAAUCUGGUGUCCAGGCUUUUGUGGGUUCUAUCCUUGUACAUUCCUAUUGAAGUAGUACUUUAAUACGCCUAUGAACUGUCUGAAAACUUGUUUGAUUUCUUUCCCUGGAGUUCCAGAUUUCAUUGAGCAGGAUUAUGAUUUUAUUUGUGGUGAA